AAUGGGCCCUACCACGCGCGAAUGUGCCGCUUGCGGCCGCAGCCUCCCUCGGUCGUCCUUCACGGCGAAUCAGUACUCCAAGGGUGUCGGGGUGUCGCGAUGUGCGAGUUGUGUCCAUGGACACCACUCCGAUACACCAUCUACAAGACAGUCGAGCAGCGGCCGAUACAACCUGUCCAACACAGCUAAAUACUCACAAUAUGAUCUCGAGAAUCCCUUUGCUGAAGGAGCCUUUCGUUGGGUAGCUGAAGGGACCUACACUUCGGGCCCCCGCAGCGGCCAACCAUGUGUUACCAAAUGGUUCAAGACCGGCGCAGUCUUCGAAAAGGAUUAUUUCACUCUUGACAUCAAGGCUGUCGACAAGGCCUUGGAGAUUGUCAACCGAUUCAACGAAUUACAAGUGGUCAAUAAACGCAUCAAGAUCAACGUCCCUACCGUAUGGACAUUCAACGACAAUUGUCGCGACGAAUGGGCAGGUCAAAAGGCUCUAUGUGAACCUUUCAUCGCAAAUUACCAAAAGUUCAACAGUAAUACGGGAUGGAACGAUGAUGCAAUGGGUUGGGGAGAGGUCAUGCAAGCCCUCAGCUACUUUAGCUACCAUGUGUCAGGCGGACAAUUUGUUCUAUGCGAUCUUCAAGGUGGCAUCUACCGGGACGAGGUCGUUCUCUCUGACCUUGUUAUCUUGUCACGAAAUCGGGAUUACGGCGUGACUGAUCUUGGUUCCAAGGGUAUCAGCUCUUUUUUCAGCCAACACGAGUGCAAUAACUUUUGCCGCCCGAACUGGACACAGCCUUCCGACCCAACUCAGCACUUCCGCGCUGUCGCCAGUACCACGAUGAUCAGGCACUCAGUAUCUACUGCUUAUUCCCGAUCCAGAGUGAUGACCAUAAUGGAAUAAGUGUGACGGGAUAAGAGCAUGAGCGGAGGACAGUAUGUGAGGGGCUAGACCCGGCGGGAUAAGGCAUUACAUUGGCGUGCUGCUAUUCUAAACACUGGUUCCCGGGGGCAAUUCAGUUUAUUCUAGCGGAUUAGCUAUCUUCCCCCUUCCUUCUGUCCUGUGUGUGCAUCGUGGAGCUUGUCCGUGUCAAGCACGUCGUCGAAGCGGAGGGUUCAGGAAACGACCAUGGACUGGUACGUCUUGGUCUCGUCGAAGAAGGGAACAGAGAAUAUCGCCUUGGACCUACCC